UCCCGCGGCACGUCUCGUCCUACCCCCCCUCUUCCCAGUCCACGGCCUGACUGCGCCCUUGGCCCUCGGCCCCCAGAGACUGCGACCGUGGGAGCGCCGGCCCCGCGCAGCUCCCUCACUGAGCCCCGCGCCCCCUUCCUUCCUCGCCCGGACGGACGCACUUCCGGCGGAUGUGGGGGGGCGGCCCCCGGAAACGGAAGUGAGCGGCCGCGCCGGCUGACGGUAACCGGACUCCGCGACCGUUCACACAGCGGACUGAAGAUGAAUGCCAGAGGACUUGGAUCUCAGCUAAAGGAUAGUAUUCCAGUUACUGAACUUUCAGCAAGUGGGCCUUUUGAACGACAUGAUCUUCUUCGAAAAGGUUUUCCAUGUGUGAAAAAUGAACUGUUACCAAGUCAUGCUCUUGAAUUAUCAGAAAAAAAUUUCCAGCUCAACCAAGAUAAAAUGAAUUUUUCCACACUGAGAAACAUCCAAGGUCUGUUUGCUCCUCUUAAAUUACAAAUGGAAUUCAAAGCAGUACAGCAGGUUCAGCGUCUUCCAUUUCUUUCUAGCUCUAACCUUUCAUUGGAUAUUUUGAGGGGUAAUGAUGAGACUAUUGGAUUUGAAGAUAUUCUCAAUGAUCCAUCCCAAAGCGAGCUCAUGGGGGAACCACACUUGAUGGUGGAAUAUAAGCUUGGUUUACUGUGAUAUAUGUGUGUGCUGUUCAUGAACAAGAGAGGGCAUCGUAUUGUAGUUGUCUUU